CCGUACGACGAAGUGACCUUCUCCGAAACCAUCAGUCGCUCCCUUCGCCAAGUGCUGCAGCUGGGCAGGGCGCUGGUGGAGGGUCCCCGCGGCGCCCCCCGCUCGCCUGACAGGGUGUUCGGGCUGUUACACAUGCAUCGAUGCCUCAUGGAGCUGCUGCCGUACCUGUCCGACCUGCUGUCCCCUCGGGAGCGCUGCUCGGGGCUGCUGAACGAGGCGCACCUGCUGGGGUUGGUGAUUGGGCGGGCGGCACGGCAGAUCUACACGGAAUUCGAGGAGUCAGUCGCCGGCCGGGGUGGCGGUGGCGGCUUGGGUGCUGCUGCUGCUGCUGCCGGGGGUGGUUUCGGGGCGGCAUCAGCGGCAGGCGGCGGGGGCGGUAGCGGCGGAGAUGCGGUGUCCAAGCUUACCAUGUUGGACGGCACGGUGCACCCCAUUUGCGCAACCACGCUGGGGUUUCUCAAGCGUCUCUUCACCUACCCCAACGCCCUGCCGCUGCUCUUCGGCCCGCCGGGCCCCGGCAGCAUUGCGGGGGCUGCAGCAGGGAUAGCAGGGGCAGCAGCAGGAGGAGGCGGAGCAGGGGCAGGGGGAGGCAGCGCGUCCUCCUCCACCUCGGAUGCCGCCACCGCUGCCGCCGCCAGCUCCUCCAUCAUGCGCAUUAUGAUGCGGCUGCUGGAGGUCCUGGAGUCCAAGGCCCGCUCCUACAAGGCCCCCGCGCUGGGCCACCUGUUCCUCAUGAACAACGUGCACUACAUGGUGUGGGCGGUGGAGCAGGCAGCGGCAGGCGACAAGCAGCAGCAGCAGCAGCAGCAGGGACAGCAGCGGGCCGGGCAGCGGCGCCCUCGCUCCGCCUCCUCCUCCGCCUCCCAACUAGCGGACCUGCCCGAAGAGGACGAGGGUGAAGAAGACGCCGACGAAGGUGAUGAAGACGACGAAGAGGAGGAGGAAGAGGAUGACGACCAAGAAGAAGAAGAGCCUGGCACAGACAAACACCGCAAACGGCGCGACAACCGCAACCGAGGUAACACAGGCGGCACCGGCGGCAACAGCAGCGGCGGGUGCUGCUCGUUGGGUGUGGGUGUGUUGGGCGUGGGUUGGUUGGAGCGGCACAAGGAUAUCGUGGAGCACUACGGGGCGGCCUACCACGAGGCCACCUGGCGGCCUCUGCUGGAGGGGCUGGAGGCGGUGGUGGUGACGCAGACCGACAAGGAGCCCUCCGACCCGGGUCGCUUCAAGUCCUGGCUCAAAGCCAAGUUUGCGAAGCUGAACUCCCAACUGGAUGCCAUCUUCAAACAGCAGUCCGUGUGGACCAUACCCGACGCUAAACUGAAGAAGGCGGUGCGCAACGUCAUAAAGCAGGAUUUCCUGCCGCUGUACGGCGACUUCUGGGAGCGCUACACCGCAGUGGACUUCUCCACCCACCCGGACAAGUACCUCAGGUACCCCCCGACGCAGCUGCGCUACCUCAUAGACCACACCCUGUUCGAGGGCAGGGCGGCCCAGCCGCCAAAAGGAGCCGCAGGGGCCUCAGGAGGGAGUAC